AGAGAGGAGACUUCAGCACAGUUUGGAAAAGGAAAGCAGUCUUCGUGAGGCUCAACGGGAGGAUUUAUGAGAGAGAAAUAUGAUGGUGAUCUUUCCGAGAGAAAAGCACAUGAGGCAGAGGGAGAAGAGUUCCUCAAGUAUCAGGACUUUACAGAAAUCAUAUGGCAGUUUAAAUAUGCUUUUUGUACAACACAUGAGAGGUGCGCGAGUACUCUCCCACACAGCUGGAAACAUGCUGCACCCGCGAGCUUGCUGCACGAGAGAGGGAUCGCAGCGAGUUGGGAGGAAUCUGAUCUUUCAGAAUCAGCCUUUUCCCCCGAGCUGUGAGAGAGAGGUACCGGGCCCGACAUCCGGCGUGGGGAAUACACGGCUCAACAACCGCGAGCUGCGGUCUUGAAGUCGAGCCCGAGCCCUCUCUCAAAUCUCGGUUAAAAUUAAUCGGGAAGUCAGACUCCUCCCACAGAUGUAACCGAAAUCAAAGAGUAUUUAAAGAGACAGCAUUUGGAGAAGCUUCAGUCUGACUUAGGCUGCACUCUGUGGACACCUGCUGUAACUGCACCUCUCUCACACAGCUCUGAACAGAGGAGGCGGAUCCCUCUCUCAAAGCUCUGAAAGAAUAGUAUUAACGAGAGCACUUGUAAUAAGCACAGGAUCCAGACGAAGAAGACUGGAGAUGGCAGCUCAUACUUUGUGCAUUUUCUUACUUAUUGUCCACCUUCCUCUCGUAGGAGGCCUAGCUGUCGAUACAAUAUCAGGAGACCCAGUUCAGUUUCCAGAGACUGAACAGUGCAGGGAGAGAGGAGCGACACUUCAGCACACUUUGACAGGUGGAAGCAGUCAGGCUGUGGCUCGUCUGGAGGAUGUCUGGAAGCUGGCAGCAGGUUACAAAGACCGGAUGAGUCCAAACGAGUCUGUGGUCUUAAACAGGAGCAACAUCAACGACCAGGGACUGUACGGGUUAACCUGCGGCUCAGAGGAGAAACGUAUCCAUCUGAAUGUCAUCACAUCCUCGGAUAAAUCAGUGCCUGAGGGACAGGCUGCUGGAUUUACCUUCCACUACUUUACUGCAGGAGAACUCGGGAGGUACAGAGUGGAGAGAAACACACAGCUUGUGUUUGAGCUGGACCUCUCCUCCGGAAGCACCUCACAGGGCUCAGGGUUUGAGAACAGAACAUCUGUAGCCCCUCACUGGAGGUCCGAUGGAGACCUGACUCUGACCCUGCAGGGGGUGAAGCCCGAGGACCGAGGAGAUUACUUUCUCUACGUCCUCAAGGACAGAAAGAGGGGACAUCUGCAGGCUGUGAGGAUGAGGGUCAGCCCUGCACUGAAUACACCAGAGGAGAGGAACCCGGAUCAGAUCACCUGCACCCCCCAGCCACCAUGCAAGGAGACCCCGUGGAUCCCCCUCAGCAUCACCGCUGCUCUGGUUCUGGUUGCACUUGGUGUUGUGUGUCGGCAGAGGAUCUGCAGAUCACAUGUCUCACCCGGUGGAGGAAGAUCUCUGACAGAAGAGGAGAGUCAACCCAUCACAGACCCUCGUGUUCCAGAAGAGAAUGGACAUGCUUCAUCAGCUUAAUAUUCAUUUAUAAUGUAUUUUAUUGUCACUGCACUUUCCCUUCGAUGCAACACUUUCCCCUUUCUCUCUGGUCUUUGCUAA